CGCGCAUGCGCAGUGUUACGGCAGUGGUCGAAACGGGUAUUGAAAAUCAUCACAAAACUUUAUUGAAGUGAUAUACAGGGUGGAAGUGACUUCUUUAGGGGGAAACGUGAGACUGCUGACAUGACGGACCCGGUGGCACAGACCUCCACGCAGCCCCGGCUCCAGCAAGCUCAGGCCAGCGGGCCGGCAGGGUCUAACACGAACCCCGGAGCCGGGAGCAGCGACCCAGCCCGACCGGGCCUAAGUCAACAACAGUGGUCGAGCCAGAAGAAAGCACAAGUACGCGCCUUUCCUAGGGCUAAAAAGCUGGAAAAACUCGGGGUGUUUUCGUCUUGCAAGGCGAAUGAUGCUUGCAAGUGUAAUGGGUGGAAGAACCCCAAUCCACCGACUGCCACUCGUAUGGAGCUCCAGCAGCAGGCAGCCAGUCUGACGGAGGCCUGCAGAAGCUGUGGCCACUCAUUGGCGGAACAUGUGUCUCACCUGGAGAAUGUGUCUGAGGAGGAGAUUAACAGGUUGUUAGGGAUGGUGGUGGAUGUGGAGAAUCUCUUCAUGUCUGUCCAUAAAGAAGAGGACACAGACACCAAGCAAGUCUACUUCUAUUUGUUCAAGUUGUUGAGGAAGUGUAUCCUGCAGAUGGGGAAGCCAGUGGUGGAAGGCUCUCUCGGUAGCCCGCCCUUUGAAAAACCCAACAUAGAACAGGGGGUGUUGAACUUUGUUCAGUAUAAGUUCAGUCAUUUGGCUCCUAAGGAGAGGCAGACCAUGUAUGAGCUCAGUAAGAUGUUUCUGCUCUGUCUGAACUACUGGAAGCUGGAGACCCCAUCACAAUUCCGUCAGAGGGCUCAGAAAGAGGAUGCGGCUGCCUACAAAGUGGAUUAUACCAGGUGGCUGUGUUACUGUCAUGUUCCUCAGAGUAAUGACAGCUUACCACGGUACGAGACCUGUCAGGUGUUUGGCCGCAGUCUGCUGAAGUCCAUCUUCACUGUCACACGCAGACAGUUACUAGAAAAAUUCAGAGUGGAGAAGGACAAAUUGCCACCUGAGAAACGCACUCUGAUCCUCACACACUUCCCCAAGUUUCUCUCUAUGUUAGAGGAAGAGAUCUAUGGCGAGAACUCACCCAUUUGGGAGGCAGAUUUCACCAUGACAGCCUCAGAAGGGACGCAGCUGGGCCAUCAGACAGGGCUCAGUCCUGUGGCAGUGUCUGGUUCUCCUCUCAGUAAGGGCAGCAGUGCUUCUGCUCUGGUUGGGUCAGUUUUGGACUCUGCAUCCUCCGAACCAAUAACUGGAGAGAAGCGAAAGCUUCCUGAGGCCUUGACACUGGAGGAUGCCAAGCGGAUCCGAGUGAUGGGCGACAUCCCCAUGGAACUGGUCAAUGAAGUCAUGAAGACCAUCACAGACCCCGCUGCCAUGCUGGGGCCAGAGACCAGUCUGUUGUCAGCGAACGCAGCACGUGAUGAGACGGCUCGUCUGGAAGAGAGGCGAGGCAUCAUUGAGUUCCAUGUGAUUGGAAACUCUCUUUCUCAGAAGUCCAAUAAGAAGAUUCUAAUGUGGCUUGUGGGCCUGCAAAAUGUUUUCUCCCACCAACUUCCUCGCAUGCCCAAAGAGUACAUCACACGCCUUGUAUUCGACCCGAAGCACAAGACUUUGGCUCUGAUUAAAGAUGGCCGUGUGAUUGGAGGGAUCUGCUUCAGGAUGUUCCCCACUCAGGGAUUCACAGAGAUCGUCUUCUGUGCGGUUACUUCAAACGAGCAGGUCAAGGGCUAUGGCACACACCUGAUGAAUCAUCUUAAAGAGUACCACAUCAAACACGGCAUUCUGUACUUUCUCACCUAUGCUGAUGAAUACGCCAUCGGCUACUUCAAGAAACAGGGCUUCUCCAAAGACAUCAAAGUGCCGAAGACCCGUUACCUCGGUUACAUUAAAGACUACGAGGGAGCCACGCUGAUGGAGUGCGAGCUCAAUCCCAGAAUUCCUUACACAGAACUCUCACACAUCAUAAAGAGACAGAAAGAGAUCAUUAAGAAGCUGAUUGAGAGAAAACAGAAUCAGAUUAGGAAAGUGUAUCCCGGACUCACCUGCUUUAAAGAAGGAGUGCGACAGAUUCCUGUGGAGAGUAUACCAGGCAUCAGAGAGACUGGUUGGAAACCCAAUGCUAAGGAGAAAAGCAGUAAAGAGCUGAAGGAUCCAGAUCUGCUGUACAACAUGCUAAAGAAUCUACUGGCACAGAUUAAAACACAUCCAGAUGCCUGGCCCUUCAUGGAACCGGUAAAGAAAUCAGAAGCCCCAGACUAUUAUGAGGUCAUCCGCUUUCCCAUUGACUUGAAAACGAUGACGGAGCGUCUGAAGAACCGGUAUUAUGUGACAAAAAAGCUGUUUAUUGCUGAUCUGCAGAGAGUAAUCACAAAUUGCAGGGAGUACAACCCUCCAGACAGCGAGUACUGCAAGUGUGCCAACACGCUGGAGAAAUUUUUCUACUUCAAACUGAAAGAGGCUGGGCUCAUUGACAAGUGAUGGAAAUCCAGCUUAUAAUAAGGGACCAGUUAGAUACUGUACAGAAUGUCAUUACACUCAAACAGAUUUGUUCAAACUUAACAUUUUGAGCUUGCAUUCAAAUCUGUUGAAAUGUGCUGCUUUUCAGUUUCUUUUUUCCGCAAAUAUUCUCUCCCUAACAAACAGUCAAGUUAAAAACACAAGGUCAUAUUAGUGUGUGUGUGUGUGUGUGUGUGUGUGUGUGUUUGUCUUCAGGGAAAUGCAUUAAGGGAAAAUGGAAACUGAAAUCCUGUUUGAUAUGGGUGGUGUAGUUUAGAAAGAAAUGAAUGUGACCAGUUCUGUUCUUAUUUCCUACUACUCUAUUCUACAAAACAAAUAACUCCUGUGAACUAUGAGUUCUUGCAUCUGCUCUACAUACACAAACAUUUGGUUACAUAAUGUAAAGUCUUAUUCGAAGUUACUCCCCUGACCCGAAAUGCUCCAGCCAAAGACGGACCAUGUUUGGCCUCUAGUGAUGUCACAAUUGACAUGUCACUGUGAUGCCACCAUUCUCAGCCAAAGCUCUUUGUUUGAAACAGCCAAUUAGUGAUAUAGAGGAUGUGCCUAUUCAGUAUCAGUCUGAAAAUAUGAGGAAAAUAUUUCCUUGAUUUUUACUUGAGGUCAGUGGUUUUAUUUUUUCUUUCUUCAAACUUGACUUUAGUGGCUUUCAUUGGAGAAAUUACUAAAACUAUCUCCGUGUUUGAUUCAAUUAUUCAGCGCAAUCUGUGAUAGAUCACUUCAAGUAUCAAUAGAGAGUGUUUUCUCCCUCUCGUGUUAAAUUACUGCUGCCACUGCCCUUAAGAUGUUUGUCAGUGCCGUUGGUGAAGUGUUAAUCUUUGUUUGAAACCAAUAUUUGUCUUGCAAGGCUUUCAGCAUGUCAUGUCCCAAGGCACAAACAUUCAGUGAUGUAUUCUGUGGUUCUGAAUUCACCCAAGUUUUUUGUAACCCAGUACAGUUUUUGAAACCAGUGUACCACCUUGUUGUGACCAGAAAUACUAUUUCCAGUUCAGUCAUAAAUAUAAACACUUCCUCAGGCAUAAUGGAGAAAAGCCCCAAACCUAAGAACUACAAACUUAAAUUACAUAUAAAUUACAUAUACAGUUUCUGCUACUACCUAGAAUACUCAAUGGACAAUUACAUAAACCGUUAUAUCCAAAUGUGUACACGUUUUCUAUGAUACUGCAUGUUAUCUGCAAGUUUGCUUUUCACACAGACAGGUAAAUGGACAGGACAGGUUUUUUUGUUUUUUUACCAGUCUCUUGUAAUGGGCAUAUACUUGAAUCAUGAUAAACUGCUGCAAUGUUGAUGUUUUAUCAGGGCUCUAUAUUUUGGUUCUAUAUGUUGUUUCAUGCUCAAUUUGUACUGAAGGAUGCUGAUGACCUUUCAUGAAGAGGAUGUGUGUGCUAGUAAGGGGUUGGCUAUGGUUACAGUUGGAAGAUGCAUGUAAAUUGCUAUGGUUCUGUGUACUAUGAAAAAACAUGUUUUGGAUAUAUAAUAUUUUUUUUUUUAAUGGAUGUUUUCUUUUCUGUGGUGAGCAGUGAUGCAGAUUUCAACAGUCCAGUUCAGAGUGAUCCUAAUACAGAUGGUAGAAUUGUACAA